AUGAGCGACCAAGACCUCCAACGUACGUACUUAUAGUCGAUGUGAUUCCCUGCUCGUCAAAAUAAACUUUCUGUUAGCGCCAUGACUCCCUUGGACGUUCGGAAGUAUUUCCUGUCACGCUUAAACCAAGGAGCUCUUAAGUUUUGUUUUGUGUUUCUUUUGCAGAGAAGCGUCGAAUAUCCAUGUGUGUCGGUUGCGGCUCUCAGAUUCAAGAUCAGUACAUCCUACGCGUCGCUCCCGACCUUGAAUGGCAUGCAGGUUGCCUGAAAUGUGCCGACUGUCACACGUACCUGGAUGAAACUUGUACGUGUUUUGUGCGAGACGGAAAGACCUACUGCAAGCGUGAUUACGUUAGGUAAGCCAGUACGGUCCACUGCUGAGAAAUCAGAAUGCAAACGUAACUGACCGAGCGAUCAUAGAUCAUUUGAGAUCAUCAACACAUUCGUUCAAUUCGUCCGUUUAACCGUGCGUUAAUAGCUGCAUGACGUUGUGUUUUUCGAGGGAUUACUUCAGUAUAUUACAAAUACUGACGACAUAUUACUCUGGCGAAGGAAUCAAUGUUGUUAAUUAGAAAGACAGAGUAGCUGUGAUGGUUAUGACUGUAUUGUCUCUACAAAGCCAUCGUGGCAAGAUAGAAGCCCUGAUUUCCCCCGCUGCGUAGGCUGUUACACAGUGGUAGUUUUUCGUGGAUCUCGGAGAAGCUAAUUACAAAGAAAUUCACACGGAUACAUGGUGGCUGGAGUUCAGGAAAUUCCGUUCACACAAGUUAUUCUUUGACUCCGCCUCUUUCUUAUUGUGGGUAAGCGAGGCGGGAAAGUUUGCCUACUCUACAAGCAGGAGACUACGAGUACAAUUUAGAUUUGUGGUUUUUCUUAGAUUUCGCUUUCGAUCGCAAUUUUGUUAGUCUUAGCGCCUUACGGCAAAGAAAAACUCUGCAGGAUUAGACUAAGUAGCGCGUGGGUAAGUUGUAAAAUAACAUUGACGGGUCACUUCGGAUGGGAAUAAAAUAGAAACAGAUAUAUUUGCGAAAGUCGUUCUCGGGAAGCGCGUUAUUUGCUUUCUGGUUAUUGAGGGCAUUUUCUCUCUCGCUCUUCAGGUUAUUUGGGACAAAGUGCGCCAAAUGUUCCCGUUCUGUGACGAAAAACGACUUCGUGAUGAGAGCCAAGAACCAAAUCUAUCACAUAGACUGUUUUCGCUGCAUCGCUUGCAGUAGACAGCUUGUUCCGGGGGACGAAUUCGCCCUGCGCGAGGACGGAUUAUUCUGUAAAGAAGACAACGAAAUCGUAGAGAAGGCAACGGCUACAGCUCAAGCAGCUCACGUUCGAGGAUCGCAACGGUCCUCCUCUCAAUCAUCAGGUGAGCCAGUCUGUUUCUACUCGUUCUGUUUCAACGCGGUAGGUCUUGUCACUAAACGUAUCAGAAUCUAAUCAAAUUGGGGUCGAUAACACUAUUAGCAACUUAGAUUGACUCGGACCAGAUCAUGUGAAGAUUUCAGUUAAAUGCUUGAAUUUAUAAAAGUCUGGGCCAUCGUUUGUUGGUUAAUGGAUUUUGAUUGUGCUUAAUUUUAAGCCCUGUUUGUAGCCAAGCAACACGGCUCUGCUGCCGGCGUUUGGCCAGCCGUGUCACCUAUCAACCAACCUCAAGGAGAAGGGGAGCGGGAAUAUUAUAACCUUCUCGCGCUUUAAUUCAAAAUUGAAUGUUUGUUGGCAAUAUCUUCUAUUCUCAAUUAUAAGGUUCAACACGGAUAAGUACUUUUGACAUUUAUUUCCGAUCGGGAAGUUUCCGUGAUACCUAUGUAUGACCCUUACAAAGCAUCACAGUUCUAUCACUGCUGCUGUCAGGUUUAACCCGAAAUUCUGAAUUAACCCCUUAACUAUUCUUCAACAACUAAACUCGGGAUUUUCUACUCUCUUAACAGUUUAAGCACUUCCGCAGGAAAAUACAAAAUCUCAAAUCUCGAGGAUGUUUAAACGAGCAACGGUGUCGUAGCACCUCGUAGUGCUUUUAGCAGAUAUUUCAAUUCCAAACUUCUCAGCUCCAUAUCAUGACUCUUUGUCUUUCCCUAGAUAUACAGUAUUACUGUUUCCACCCUCGAAAUAUUAGAUUCAAUGGUGACUGAAGUAUCAUAAGUGUUAGGCUAAAAAUAUCGCGACAAUGAUAAUUCCUUUGCAGCUCACUCGAACGGCCAGACCGAAGAAUCAUCGCCACGGCGAGGCAAAUCAUCAGAGAAAACGACGAGGGUACGGACUGUGUUGAAUGAGAAGCAGCUACACACGCUUCGGACGUGUUACGCGGCGAAUCCGCGGCCGGACGCGAUGAUGAAAGAACAGCUCGUCGAAAUGACUGGACUUAGUCCUCGAGUAAUUCGUGUGUGGUUUCAAAAUAAACGCUGCAAAGACAAGAAGAAGUCUAUGAUGUUAAACAAGACCUCCUCUCACCACCAACACCAAGGACCGGGCUCUGAUGAUGGGCAGGUAUAAACUGACAUUAUGUGUUUCCCAUUUCCAACUGGCCUAAAAAACGUAGGAGUGGUAGAUACAGUUUAGCUCCGCGGAUUUUUUUUUUUUUUUUGGCAAUGUCACUUUGCCAUUAGCUGUCACGAUGAGCACGACAAAGACGGACGGAAAUGGAAAUAUUUGCGCACAGGUGGUGGUUAAUCGAGCUUGGCGAGCAAACUUAAGGCAGUUUUCACUGUUUUUUAUUUCAAUAAAAUCGCGCUUUGCUCUUGAUCCAAGCCUUUUUCUUUUGCUUGAACACCGUGCUAGGAGUUUUCUUGUUAAUAUAAUUGGAAGAAUUAGCCAAAAGGUGUUAAUUUUGGAUUGUUAGGCUUCACAGCUGGUAAGACGAUUCUUCGAGAUUUUAUAUCUUCACAGACGCUCUCUCACUAGACUUCCUCCUUUAGAAAUGGCAAUCUCUACGAAGGAUUCUGCGAGCUUAUUACUAAACGAUCUUAAUGUUGAAGGAGAAACAUUUUUUUUCUUAUACUCAAACCCCUUUGAAUAAGAAUGUACAAAAGUGUGGCCUAUUAUAAAAUCAUCCAUCCUCGCUGACGGGGUUCAUCGACGCUUAGCCCUAGCAUCUGGUGUUUUUGUCAUCAUGCGCACACAGAGUUGCUUGAUCUUAAUUUUAGAUAAACGUUAGACUUCGGCUAGUGCCUCCUUUCACUAUUCUGACUGACUGUUAUAGCCUGUUCUUUACGCAACGAUUUAGCAAAGAAAUGACAUUACCAUUAGCCCCAGUGGGAUAUCGAACUGUAUACGUUUUACAAAGCAAAACAUUGCCGCAUCCAAGUCAUAAUAAUUGACGGCAAUUUAUAUCCUCCCGUUUAAUCACUGUAUCUUUUUCUUUGCCGUUUACAUACAGAGUCCAACCGGUAGCUCACCGAAUGCUCUCUCCAGCCGCACGCUACCGCCAUCAGCUAUUUCGGGUGUUCAGGUUUUCGCUUCGAGUCUAACUCCACCAUCGCUCAGACCACCAUCUGAGGUCUCGAUGGGCGACCUUCCCAGCUACCAGCCUUGGAAGGCCCUGAACGAAUUCGCAAUGCAUAACGAUAUGGACCAAGGUCCGUUUCAACAAUUGGUAAGCCUAUAAACUAGGAAGGUUAUCUUAUCUGUGACAUACUUCUUUUGUUUUCGUUCGCUGCUUUUUUAAUGCAAACUUACUGGGAAAGUUCUUCCACGCGCGAACCGUCAAGAUGCUGCUUCUUGCGCGGUUUAAAUUGCCAAUUAUACGGUCUCACACCGCUCUCAGCUAUUAGCUCUGGUAAGCAUUUAACCUGAAUUGUAUUAGCGAACGAUAAAUUGCGUUUGAAAACAAGCCACCGGACUGACUCAAAACCCUAAGGGGACCAUUAAACGAGUAACCCAAGCGUGUAUCUAUCGAGUCAGGCUUGUGUGUUUUUGUGUGGUGACACGAUAAUUACUCUUCUUCUGAAUAGAUGCCUUUGCCUAUUUUGCAUAAGUGAAUUCAAUGUACAAAUAUCCUUCAAGCCACUGCGGUGUGCAAAUUGACUUCAUAGGAAGAUGAAUCAAACAUCUUAUAUUUCACCGAACAAGCAAUUUUUAAAACUCCUUCAUGGAUGCGAGGUUUCUGUGAAUCAACCUUCGACUUGGUCUUCUUUUGUCUACAUAUUAUCAAGUAUGCUUUUCUUGGCUCAAAUCUUACGAAGAAUUUAUUCGUUCCCUUGUCUUCUCAUUUUUGUUUUCGUUCUAUUUCAAUCACUGGUUCUAGCUAGAGUUCUAUCUUUCGUGUAUUUUAACGAAUUCAGUUACUGGAAAGUGAAAUUUGUCAGUAUUGUAUUUCUUUGUAAUCUGUCCUAAUUGCCUCACACCUUUGACAACAAAGCUUUUACGGAGCAAAGGAAACUGCUUGAAAUAUUUUCUUGUUCCUUAAAAAGAAGGCCACAAAUAACACACAAAGUUGCAGCAGAGUUUUAAAAAUUGUUUCGUAGACCAUAUUUUUUUCAAAGAAGACAAACUUUAAUCUUUUUCAGAAUAAAUUCGAGGCCAUAACGAACAAUCCUCCGAGAGGACAUUGUGUAUGAGCUAGCUGAACAUCUUUAAGACAGCGAAAAUACAGUUUCUUGUAAAACAAAAGUUUUUCUCGGCAGCUGUGCUCUACUGAAUUUCAACCGGUAUUUUAAAGUUUUUUUUUUCUUGUCAGUCUUUAGCCUUGCCUGCUGGUCCUCUGGUCUCACGCUCAACGUAUUUCCAAUAUUGGUUUGUGAAAGCCUCGAGUUCUAUUUAUAUUUCAAUGCAUAGGUUGUACUUAUAAAUUAUAGCUAUUUUGUGGAUGAAAUGUUCAAACCGUCUCAGAACAGUAUCUGAACUGUCAGGAAGACCUAUGUGCCCAAUUGUUAACAAAGAUUUAUUUUUGACGUUAGCUACGCAGCGGGAUGUUUGUUGAGUUAACCGUGAUAAACAUCUAUUUCCCAGCGUGUGGUAAAAGAGUUCAUUUAGCGAACAAAAGGCACAUGCGUAAAGAAACCUCUCGUACCACUGUAUUCAAUGGCAACAUUUUUCUACAUACAAAUCGAGACGAGGAGUGUUGAUAAUUCUACUGACAAACAACACGCACCAGAAGAAUAAAAAACGCUUCUGGCUAAAGACCACCAACCGAAUAUACAAACAGACCAAGAAUAGAAACAUGAAACAGUUUGCACAAUUUCCAAAAUGGACUCUUGAGCCCGACGUGCUCUGACAAAACGCUGCAUGUGUCUUUUUAAGAAUUCAUCGUUUGUUUGUUCUUGUUGAGUAGACAUUGCUUAUCUCGCGCGUUUUUUCCCUUCCUUUCCUCAUCCUAACCGCAGUUCUCUUUUUCCCUUUGAUCUCUGUUGUUAGGUACAGUUUUCAGAGCAAGCCCCGCAUAUGGUAUCGCGUCCGCAUGAGGGAAUAGGCGCAAAUUAACUCUUCUCCCGAUUGUAAAAAUGCAACAAGAUGAAAAAUUGAUCACAGACGCGAGGACAUUGGACAUCGCCGCAGCGAUCGCAUGCCGGAAAUCUUAAUUUAUUUCUUCUAUAGCGAGCAACAAACAUUGUGUAAAGUGUAAAGUUCAAUUAUGGAAAGGAACGAAUCUUCCCUAUGUUCCGUCAGUGUAUAUAUUUUAUGGAAUAAGUUUUACGUGUUGAGAGAGGAGCUCUCAAAAAAUAAAGUCUAUAAUAAUUUG